CCUCUAGCUGUCUAUGGAAGACACCACGUCAAUCCUCCCGAGGCUCAAGAGGAACUCAAAUGCCUACGGCAUUGGGGCACUGGCUAAGUCUUCUCUGUCAGGUGUGUCAGUGAGUCGCACCAUGAAGGAGAGAGUGACGAAGCCCACGGGCAUGGCUCAGGGUCGCGUCGCCCACAUGAUCGAGUGGCAGAACUGGGGCAUGUCGACGGUGGGUCCGGGGGGCAUCCCCGCGGCCCGGAUCACCACCCAGGAGCGGGAGAAGGAGCGGCGGCUGGAGAACGACGCGUACAGUGACCUCAGCGAUGGGGAGAAGGAGGCCCGCUUCGCUGCGGGUAUCCUGCAGCAGUUUGCCAUCUCACAGGCAACGCUAAUGGCCUGGUCAUCGAUGGAUGGAGAGAGUCCGCGGUCGGGAUCAAACCAGGGCAGUGUGGCUCACCUGAGCGAGGUCAACCAGGACAGCAUCACCAGUCGAGAUCAGAUAAUGCAUCACUCGUCAGCGGAGGUGUGGCCUCAAGCGUACGUCUCCCAGGGCCACUACUGCCUCUCCUCCUCCGACGCCUGGGAGCCAAUCAACGCCGACCCCUCUGUCGUGACGUCUGCCCCCACCAGCUCCUACGUCAUGGGGACCGAGGGGUACGACGGGCAGCCGGCCAAUCACUUCCUGUCGCAGCAGCAGCAGCAGCAGCAGACGUUCACCCUCCAGCAGCAGAAUCAGCUCCAGCAGCUGCAGCAGAUCCAACAGAUCCAGCACUACCAGCAGCAGCAGCUCCUCCAGUAUCAGCAACAACAGUCUCUGGAGCACCGGCUGCACAGCGCCAACCACUCUUUGCAAGCGACGCCCAACAGCACCAUCCACAGUCUGGUCCACACCGUUCACCCUCCGCUGGUCGAUCUGUGGAACACAGGGCAGAUGGAGGCCUAUCAGACGGAGGCCGGCGGCUUCAUGGGCGUGGCGGCGGUGGUGGAGCCGAGCCUCUGUGUCCCCUCUGGAGACGACAUGGUGGGAACAGAACACUCCCCGCUACUGGAGCAGCAGGAGGAGGAGGACGUCAAGGAGGAGGAGGUGACACUGUUCUUGGAGCCUGAGUCGGCCACAUUGACUCCGCCCACGCAACAAGGGGAUGCCUCCGGAGGCAGUAGUCCGGGGCAACCGCCAGCAGAGCCAAUCACAGAGCAGAAGGCCUCCGAUGUCACCUCAGGCCUCAUUCAGACGCUGGAGGGGAAAAAAGAGGAGGAGGGGCUGGUCGCUUCCAUGGCAACCAACUGAGUUCCCGGCUGUCAAGAGACUCCUUAUUACAAACUGACCGUGGAGUCAGCGAGGAAAGAGCGUAAUAAUACAACCUAUAUCUAUUAAUCUGUUCCUUUUCAGGUAUCACCAACACAACUUUUUGGUUGCAAGAUGAACUCUUGGAAAACGGUGAGAGACAGUUGUGGAAGUGGACUCGUAGUGAGACAUGAGCUGAUGCAACACAGGACACCUAUUUCUUUGUAAGCCUUACAUCCCGAAGGUAAAUGAAGAGAGGAGUGGGG